GAAGCUGCUCUUCACAGGGAUGAUGUGGAGUUUAUCAGCGACCUGAUCGCCUGCCUUCUUCAAGGUUGCUAUCAGCGCAGAGACAUCACAUCCCAGACGUUUCACAGCUACCUGGAGGACAUCAUCAACUAUCGCUGGGAGCUAGAGGAAGGGAAACCCAACCCCCUGAGGGAGUCCACCUUCCAGGAGCUGCCCCUGCGCACCCGGGUCGAGAUCCUGCACCGCCUCUGUGACUACCGCCUCGAUGCAGAUGAUGUCUUCGACCUCCUCAAGGGCUUGGACGCCGACAGCCUCCGCGUGGAGCCGCUGGGUGAGGACAGCAGUGGUGCCCUGUACUGGUACUUCUACGGCACGCGGAUGUACAAGGAGGACCCAGUGCAGGGGAAAACCAAUGGAGAGCUGGCUCCAGACAGGGGAUGUGGGGGGCAGACAAACACCCCGAACGUUCCUGGGAAAACGGGCAAGAGACGAGGGCGACCCCCAAAGCGGAAAAAACUACUGGAAGAAAAUUUGCUGAGGGAGAAGGCAGAAGAGAACUUGAUAAUCCGCGAGACUCAGAUAAGAAAUGGGUCCCAAGGGCCUGGCCGUGGGACAUGGUGGCUGCUGUGUCAGACGGAAGAGGAGUGGAGGCAGGUCACAGAGAGCUUCAGAGAGAGGACUUCCCUUAGAGAGCGGCAGCUCUACAAACUCUUGAGUGAAGACUUCCUGCCGGAGAUCUGCAACAUGAUUGCACAGAAGGAGAAGCGUCUACAGCGGACAGAGUUUUCUCCCAGGUGGAUGUCUGACCAUCAGCCCAUCAAACCAAUCAAGCAGGAGGUAAACCCAAACGUGCUGAGUUCGAUGGAGAAGCAGAGGCGCAGAGAGGAAGAGGAGGAGCGCCAAAUCCUUAUAGCAGUACAGAAGAGGGAGCAGGAACAGCUGCUAAAGGAGGAGAGGAAAAGAGAGAUGGAGGAGAAGGUGAAAGCAGUGGAAGAACGGGCCAGGAGAAGGAAGCUUCGUGAAGAGCGGGCCUGGCUGCUGGCACAGGGGAAGGAGCUCCCCCCUGAGCUUUCCCACUUGGAUCCCAGUUCCCCUACCAGGGAAGAGCGAAGGACCAAGGAUCUCUUUGAACUGGACGAUGAGUUCACAGCCAUGUACAAAGUUCUAGAUGUGGUAAAGGCUCACAAGGACUCUUGGCCCUUCUUGGAGCCCGUCGAUGAAUCGUAUGCUCCCAACUACUACCAGAUCAUUAAGGCUCCCAUGGACAUCUCUAGCAUGGAGAAGAAGUUGAAUGGAGGUCAGUACUGCACCAAGGAAGAAUUUGUGGGCGAUAUGAAGACCAUGUUCAGGAACUGUCUUAAGUACAAUGGUGAAGGCAGUGAAUAUACCAAGAUGGCUUACAACUUAGAAAGGUGUUUCCACCGUGCAAUGAUGAAGCACUUCCCUGGGGAAGAUGGAGACACAGAUGAGGAGUUUUGGAUAAGAGAAGAUGGGAGACGAGAGAAGAGGAGCCGGCGGACUGGCCGCUCCAGCACAGGCAGUGUUUGGACUCGGUCGCGAGACCCAGAUGGACCAGGCAAGAGGCAGCAACGCCUGGAAAAUGGAGGAAAACCUCCACCAUAUCGAGCUACUUCCAGGGCUCCUGCUUCUUCCUCCUCUUCCUCUUCCUCUUCCUUCUCCUCAUCCUCUGCAGAGGAUCCAAGUGGCAACCCAAUGCAGCCUCCUCGAGAAGUGGGUCCUUCCAAUGGGCGAGGUUUCCCUCGCUCUCUGCAGUACGGUGGCAUGCCCAGCCCUGUGCCACAUCCUGGCCAGAUGAGACCAGCCGUGCCAGGAACGUUUGGCCCCCUGCGCGGAUCGGAUCCCACAAAACUCUACGGCUCGCCACGAGUGCCUGAGCCCCAUCCUGGAGACCCAGUCCAGCAGCACCAGCACUUUGCCAUGCAGCCGGCCGUGGGAUUGAGCGAGCACCGCGGUCACAGGCUGGCUGCCCCGGAGAAGCAGCCAUGUGCAGGACCGACCCACGUCACCGGCCUUGGCCCCCGGCCGGGUGCUCUGCAGCUGGGGCGCAUGAGUGGCCCCCCGCCUGAUGCAGUCUACCCACCAGCCCAGUUCCAGCAGGGCUUCCUCCCCCCGAGGCACAAUGGGCCCCCUGUGAGGCCGCCGGAGGGCUCGGAGGUCCCCCCGGGGCACAUGUACCGGCCCUAUAAGUACCUGCCCAUGGGGCCAGGGCCCUCGCUCCAGCCCCGCGCCCUGGGUCAUAUGAUGGACCCCCGGGCCAUGAGGCCACCGCUGCCUCCCAGCCAGUGGACCGAGCAAUCGAAUUUCCUACCUCACGGGGUGCCUCCCUCAGGGUAUAUCAGACCGCCUGGGAAAGCCGCUGGCCAGAGGAUGCCACAGCCGCCGGCCCCUCUGUUCGGUGGACCCCCUCAGGUUCAAAGAGGGUGCCAGGGUGGGGACUCCAUGAUGGACAGCCCGGAGAUGAUCGCCAUGCAGCAGCUGUCCUCCCGUGUGUGCCCGCCGGGUGUGCCUUACCACCCUCGCCAGCCGCCCCCACCGCACCUCCCCGGACCCUUUCCCCAGCUGGCACACGCCGCUUCCGCCGCCGGCGUGCAACCCCCGAAACCCAUCGUGGGGAACGGGAGCUCGCAGGAUCCAACCGGCCAGACCAUGGAGACGGAGAACAGUCAAGGUAACCCCUCGAGCGCCCACUGCCUGCUGGAGAAGCCCCUCUGCGGCACGGGGAAAGCUUUGCCCGAAGCGGCUGUGCCUUGCAUGGGGCAGGGCACCAGCCUCCCCGGCGUGGAUGCCAGCUCCAUGGGGGCCACCCCCAAUCAGUUCCACCCUCUCUACAUGCCCGGUCUGGAAUACCCAAAUUCAGCCGGGCGGUACCACAUCAACCCAGGCCUGCAGGGGUUUGGCCCCGUGAUGGGGGGAAAGCCGCCUCCUCCUCCUCCUGCCUCCCACCCCCAGCAUUUUCCCCCACGGGGUUUUCAGCCAAGCAGCACCCACCCCGGCGUCUUCCCCCGGUAUCGGCCACCCCAAGGCAUGCCCUACCCCUACCAGCCGCAGCCUCAACCUUCCUACCACCACUACCAGCGACCACCCUACUAUGCUUGUCCACAGGGCUACUCGGACUGGCAAAGGCCUCUUCAUGCCCAGGCCAGUCCCAGCGGGCACCCCACUGCCCAUCCAUCCCUGGCCAGACCCCCUUUCCCGGACCGGGGUUCCACCAGCGGCUUGCAGGGCUGCGAGGCACUGAGCGCUGCCCUGGCUUCUCCCAACCGCAUGGACGUAGCGAGUGCCAAAGAGGUUUCUCCGAGCGACGGGCAGGAUCUGGGGCCUGAAGACGAGAAGUCUGAGGAGUCCCAGGAAAGGCCGGAGAGUCCCAAAGAGUUCCUUGAUUUGGACAACCACAACGCAGCCACGAAGAGGCAAAACUCGGUGGCAGCGGGCGAGUUCCUCUACGGAGCCCCCCCACCGCACCUGGGUUCAGGGAUGGGAUUUGGCCCGUCAGCUUUCCCUCCCCACGGGGUGAUGCUGCAGACUGGCUCUCCUUAUGCAUCCCGGCAUCCCGCCAGUCAUUUCCAGCCCAGGACAUAUGGAUCACCCAUGAAUGCUCACCUGUCUCAUCAUCCAGCCUCUGGCCAGGCCAACGGCCUCUCUCAGGAGGGACCCCUGUACCGCUGCCGGGAGGAGAACGUAGGUCACUUUCAGGCCUUGCUGAUGGAGCAGAGAGGCAGUGGAGGUGGUAUGGGGGGGCCACCCCAGGACUUGUAUAGACCCUCGGGAAUGCAAAUGCAUCAGGCUCAAGUUCCCUUCCCGAAGAUGCCUACAGCAACCAUGUCCCGGGAAGAUUUGACGCCGCAAAAACCAUCAGCGUUGCCUCUGGAUCAAAGCUAGUCCAAGGAACAAAGGACCUCACGCAGAUGAAAGCCACACGUGAUUUGGACAAGGGGGAGGAGGGGCAGACCUUCCUCCCACCCUCCCCUCGCCAGAGCAGCAUGUAGCUUCCUGGGUCCGUGGAACAUGGUGCCGCAAUGGCUUUUGCGUUGGAAACCUGGAGCGGUGCUGGGCCCAGCCAGCCGAGCAGCUGGCUCGCCACCGCAGGGCGAGCAUCGCAAACUAGUGGCUUUCUGUGACCGGAGACUGCGUCUCGUUCAGGGUUUGAGGGAUUUUUUGGGUGGGGAGGGCGGGGGUGGGGGCAGAAACUUUCAUUGACUGCUAAACUCAGGUAUAUUUUUCAGGGUGGAAGAGGAUGAUGAUGGAAUUUUACUUGUAGUAUUAACGUGUGUGUUUUGGAGCUGGAUCCAGUUUACAGAAUUUAACCUGUUGC